CUACUACCACCACUACUACUACACUACUACUACUACCUCCAUACACGCACUCUCACGCAGCGCCCGGGCCCUCCGCGUCAGCCCCGCCAUCGCCCUCCCAGACGUCACAGGGGCUCCAGCGUCGUGCUCGGCAAACGGCGCCCGAUUUAAUAUAGCACGCCUGCUCGCACUGUCCCAUCAUGGCACCCGCCGCCGUCGACACCACCAGAUUCAACUAUGAUCGCCACAUCAGGUACUGGCGCCGCAACCUCAAGACGCUGCUGCCGCACUUCUACACGAGCAAUGACUCCAACCGCAUGCUGCUGGCCCUCUUCACCGUUUCUGCCCUCGACAUCCUAGGCGACCUGGACGCUGCCCUGUCUGCCGACGAGCGCCAAGGGCACAUUGACUGGGUCUACGGCUGCCAGCUGCCAGAGGGAGGCUUCCGCCCGUGGCCAGGCUCCAAUUUCGGCGAGCUCAGAAACGACGCGAAUCAGAAGUGGGAUCCUGCUCACGUCCCAGGUACUUUCUUUGCUCUCCUGACCUUGGUCGUGUUGGGCGACGACCUGGAAAGGGUCAAGAGAAAAGAAAUACUCGCAUGGCUAGUCAAGAUGCAGAGGCCAGAAGGCAGCUUUGGGGAGACGCUGGGCGAGAAUGGAGACGUGCAUGGGGGUAACGACUCACGAUUCGGCUACAUGGCUACGGCCAUUAGAUGGAUCCUGCGCGGCGACCUUGAAGGACCCUGUGAAGGCAUCCCGGACAUCGACGUGGAUGCCUUUGUCAAAUGCGUCCGGGGCUCAGAAUGCUAUGACGGGGGCAUCUCCGAAGCACCAUAUCAUGAAGCACACGCUGGAUUCACUUGUUGCGCCAUCGCUGCCCUUGCCUUUUUGAACCGCCUGCCCUUGUCCCCCUCGCAAAAGCCCGACAAUGUCGUUCGCGGGGUCUCCGACGUCCAGCGUACGCUGCAUUGGCUUGUCUCGCGGCAAACCUUGACGCUGGACGACGACGACGCCGUGGACACCAUUGGCGACGAGACAGAUACGUCAGAAACGUGCCACGAUGCCCACACUUUUGUGAAGCUGGGCUCUUACCCAUCUGCGCAAGCCACCGAGAACACAAAAGGAAGUCCCCAUGUCCAUUACGAGCUCGAAUGGGUCGGGGUCAACGGGAGAUGCAACAAGACAGCAGACACAUGUUACGCCUACUGGACGUGUGUGCCUCUGCAAAUCCUCGAUCACCUCCACAUUGUCGAUCCACAGCCCAUUAGGAAAUGGUUACUAGACAAGACACAACAUGCUGUCGGUGGUUUUGGCAAGGUCACAGGCGACCCGCCAGACAUGUACCACUCGUUUCUGGGGCUCAUGGUUAUUGCCAUGUUCGGUGAGCCUGGUCUGCAGAGCGUUGAUCCGGCGCUCUGUAUCACGCACAAGGCGAAGAAGCAUCUGGAGUCGCUCUCGUGGAGGAGGAAGAUUACGAACAUACAUGGCACACCAGAUAGAAACAGUGAUACGUAGACGAGGGAUAGAUUCAGCCGUUUCUGGCGCACCGGUCAAUGGUUAGAA